AUGGCAACAUUUUCUGGUAAACGAAUUCAACAAGAGGAUUUUCGUUGUGCUAUAUGUCGACAAAAAAAUGUUUUUCAUUGUGAACAUAAUACACCUUAUCGUGAUCAAUUUCGAGAUACAUAUGUUCCAGAAAGGCUACACAUGAUGUCAACAACUAAUCAAAGAGAGAUUCAACGAACACAACCAAAUUAUAAUUAUAAUGCGACAUAUAAUGAUGACCGAAAUAUGAAUUCAAAUUUUGAUCCACGAUAUAGCCAGAGCAGAAGAUCAGACUAUAAUUCUUAUCCAAACAGAAAUAGAUCGUCAAAAUCGCAUAAAAAAAAGAAAACAAAAAAAAGCUGUGUUAUUUUAUAA